AUGUCCGAGAGCCUGUGCAAGUUCGAAACGUCCGACUCGACUGAGGAGGACAUUAAGGCAGGCUCACAUGUGGCUGUUCAGUUCGAUUCUUCCGUCAACAUUGGAGGCAGAGCACCGAGACCAGCGUUGUCAAGACACCUCUCUGUUUCCUCAACAGUGUCCUCGCUUGAUAUCAGAAAGCAUGUUGAGCCACAGGUUGCUCUGCCACCAAUCUUCAAGACUCUGUCGUAUAAAGUCGAUGAUGAAACAGAGGCUCUUGAAAGGUCACAGCUUGAUAAAAGUGCCCGCUCGUUCAAACAGAAUACCUGGCAUUGUCAAAGUGCAGCUGAUGUUGCAAGGUCGUUGUCUACGGAUCUUAAGAAUGGUCUGUGUGAUGCUCAGUAUCGUGAGCAUUGUAAGGAGUUCGGUGCCAAUGUUCUAUCACCACCGAGAACAAACUGGCUGAAGAAGAUCAUCGUCUACUUCUUUGGUGGCUUUGGUCUUCUGCUGAUGGUUGGUGGAAUUCUAUGCUGCAUCUGCUGGAAGCCACUGGGCAACCCAAACCCUUCGUUGUCGAACUUGGUCCUUGGUGUUGUGCUGUUGAUGGUCUUUCUAUUACAGGCCUUCUUCAACUUUUGGCAGGACUUUUCGUCUUCCCAGGUGAUGAAAUCAAUCAACAGCAUGAUCCCAUCAACGGUUCCGGCAAUCAGAAACGGUCUCUUCACCACUUGUGAGGCAAAAGACCUGGUUCCUGGUGAUUUGAUCCUCAUCAAGAACGGUGACAGGCUGCCUGCUGAUGUCCGUUUCGUUUCCAGCGAGUCAAGUGAGUUUUCGUUCGACAGAUCAAUCUUGACAGGUGAAUCCAAACCUAUACAUGCCACAGUGAAAGCAGACUCUAAGGACUCCAACUACUUGGAGUCAUGCUCCAUAGGUCUGCAAGGAACAUUUUGCGUUGGGGGCUCAGGUUGUGGUCUCGUUGUGGCUACUGGUGAUAACACAGUCUUUGGUCAGAUAGCUCGACUCUCUUCAGAUCCCAAGAAGGGCACCAGUCCUCUCCAAAGAGAUAUUAUCAGGUUUGUUGUGUGCAUUGUGCUGGUGAUGCUUAUCCUCCUGGUGAUAGUGUGCAUUGUUUGGGGAGCAUAUCUCAGGAAGCAUUACCCAGAAUGGAUCAAUGUUCCAGAGCUCAUCGUCGAUCUGGUCUCAGUCUUUGUCUCUUUUAUUCCUGAAGGUCUGCCCAUUGCACUAACCACAUGUCUCAUGAUUACUGCUGGAGUGAUGAAGAAGAACAAGAUCCUGUGCAAGUCGUUGAACAUUGUUGAAACCUUGGGAUCAGUCAGUGUUCUAUGUUCAGACAAAACGGGUACACUGACGAAGAACAAGAUGUCUGUUGUAUCACACACCGUCGGCUGUGCCAUAUUGGAUCCACAAGCCUGUACCAAAGGUCAAUGGAAGGUGUCUCAACUCUCAAAGCUCUGUAAUUCUUCAGUCUUUGACCCAACAACUCUAUCAAGACCACUGAAUGAGAGAGUCAUAUCUGGCAACGCAACUGAUCAAGCAAUCUAUAGGUUUGGGUACGAGCUUUCCGAGGAGGAUAUGCCCAUGCAAUUGAAGAGCGAGAUAUCUUUCAACUCGAGUAACAAGUUCAUGGUCAGACUCUAUGAGGAUGGAAGUGAAUUGGAGUUCAUGAUCAAAGGUGCACCGGAUAUUCUCAUUAACAAGUGUUCCAAAAUACUCACUGCUGAUGGUGAUGUCUUACCAUUGACUGUUGAGCAUCUUCGCUGUGUCGACAUGAUCCAGGAUAAAUGGGCAAGUGAGGGUCAAAGAGUGGUUCUAUUGGCCUAUAAGAAGCUCUCCUACUCGAGGUUCAGCUCUUGCGGCUUCAGUUCCAAAGAAACAACAGACACGCUUUUAUCUGAAUCUCAAGACCUCAUCCUGGCUGGACUUGUUGGAAUUGCUGAUCCACCAAAGGAUGAUAUCCUGGACGUUGUCACGACAUUGCACAAUGCUGGAAUCAGAGUGAACAUGGUCACAGGCGAUAUGGAGCCAACAGCCAUUGCAAUUGCCCGUAUGUGUGGUAUCGUCACUCACACUACCAUCAACACAAUGGAGACCCUGGACCCACAGUUUGAGAUGGUGAACUGCCGUCUAUCUGAGAGAAGGGUCAUUGAUGAGGCAAUUUCAAUCCGCAGUGGUGAUCUCAACAACCUGAAUGACAACCAAUGGGAACACCUGACCUGCUUCGCAGAGAUUGUCUUCUCCAGAACUACUCCAGAGCAAAAGCUGAAGAUAGUUGAGGAGUUUCAAAAGAGAAGCCAUGUUGUUGCUAUGACUGGUGACGGUGUCAACGACGCACCGUCUUUGAGACAGGCAGAUGUCGGUAUAGCCAUGGCUGAAGGCUCUGACAUUGCAAAGGAAUCGGCUGAUCUUGUUCUUCUGGACUCCUUCUCAUCAAUCGUCAUGGCUUUGAAGUAUGGUCGUUUGGUGUUUGAGAACUUGAGAAAGACCAUUGCCUACCUCCUUCCUGCUGGCACAUUUGCUGAGCUGUGGGCUGUCCUGUUCAACGUUCUAUUCGGCGCACCACAGAUGCUCUCGUCGUUCUGUAUGAUAAUGAUCUCUUGUCUCACUGACUGUGGUUCUGCCAUAACGCUGGCCUAUGAAAAGCCAGAGAAGCAACUCCUUCUAAAGAAACCAAGGAGCAUCACUGGAGAAACAAUCGUCGACUGGAAGCUUCUGCUGAACUUCUACUUCAUCGUUGGAACAUAUGAUACCUUCGUUGCCAUGAUGAUGUCCUUUCUUUACUACCAGGAGCACGGUGUGCCAUUCUCUGCAUUGGUGAUGUCCUUCGGACAGUACCCUGAUGGCAUAGACUCAGAAAAGGUGGCUAGGCUGUUGAGCACAGCUUCAUCCAUAUACUUCGUAACACUGGUCAUCUUGCAACUCUUCAAUCUGAUGUGUGUUAGAACGAGGACUGCCAGUGUAUUCCAUCAAAGCCCAAUCCACGGUGAAACAAAGAACCUGGCCAUGAUCCCAGCAAUGUGCUUUGCGCUUGGAGUCACCUUCUUCUUCAACUAUAUUCCAUGGUUUCAACAGAACAUCGGCACGGGGGUUGUCCCAUGGAAGAACUAUCUCAUAGCGUGCGCCUUUGGUGCCUUGUUGAUGAUAUGGGAUGAGCUCAGAAAGUACAACAACAGGAUGAGACCAAGCUCGUUCUUAGCAAAGAUUGCCUGGUGA